GGUACAGGGCCGAGCGGCCGGCCUCCAUGGCUGAGACCGCGGCCCACGAGCGGGGCGGCGGCGGAGGAGGAGGCGUACAGACGAAGCCCCUGCGAGGAGGAGGAAGAGGAGGCGGCGGCGGCGGGGAAGUGGCGGUGCCCUGAGCAUAGCAGCCGGGAGGCCGAGCUCUUCUGCGGGCACUGUCGACGCUGCGUGUGCGCCCUGUGCCCGGUGCUGGGCGCCCACCGCGGUCACCCGGUCCGCCUGAUCCGGGAGGAGGCGGUGCUCAAGCAGAAACUCACCAAUGAAUGCCUGAAGAAAUUAGCAUUUAAAAAGAAGCAAGAGGUUGACAACAUAAAGCAGAUCAGUAAAGCUGCUGAUGACCUUAAGAAUCAUGCCUUGGCUAGUAAAACAUGGCUAACAGAAAAAUUCACCCAACUCCGGUUACUACUUGAUGAAGAGGAAGCGUUGGCAAAGAAAUUCAUUGACAAGAACACUGAGCAUGCACUUAGAACUUAUGAUGAGCAAGUAGACUUGUGUCAAGACCAAAUUAACGACAUAAGCAGCUUCUCAGACCAAGUCAGAAGGAUACAAAAGCAGCUUGACCCUGUUCAGUUAUUGCAGGAUUACACAGCAACAGAAAAGGAAAUACAGCAGCAGAUGAUUCCUGCAGAGCAAUGGCACCCAGUGCCUGUCACGUUUGAGCACGUCAAGAACUAUUUUAAGUGCUUUGCUGGAGCUGUUCAGAACAAUGUACAGACACCAUUAGAAGUUCGCCUUAAAGAAGAUGCCAGAAUGCCAACCUUAGAUCCCGAGUCUAUGCAUUCUCGGCUACGAUUAACUGAUGACCGCCUGACAGUGACCUGUGCUUGGAUGGGAAAAUUCCAGUCUUAUAACCCCCAGAGGUUUGAUAAGAUGUGGCAGGUGCUGAGCAGGGACUCUUUCUUUUCUGGGAGCCAUUAUUGGGAGGUGGAUUUGCUCAAAUCUGGCUUGGGAUGGUGGAUUGGAGUGGCCUAUUCUUCUCUCAAACGCAAAGGGAACUCAGAAAUGAGUCGGUUGGGAUUCAACAGGGAGUCCUGGUGCCUCAAAAGGUUUGAUUUUGAAUAUUGGGCAUUUCACAAUGGAGAUAGGACCCAGGUGCUACCAGAGGAUGAUCCUGAAAGGAUUGGAAUUUCCCUAGAUUAUGAAGCAGGAAUCCUUUCUUUUUAUGAUGUGACAAGUGGCAUGUACCACCUACACACCUUUUGCUCCAAGUUCAAAGAACCGCUCUACCCAGCCUUGAGGCUAUGGGAAGGAUCAAUAUCUAUAUGCAAAUUGCCUUAGGACCAAUGUUGACCCUUGUUUUAGAAUGGGGCCCAGAGCCAAUGAAAAGUGGGGUUCUCUGGGCCUGCUAAACCAGUGGUAUGGCUCCCCCUAAACAGAUUAGCACAAUUAGCACAACCCUUUACUCCACUCAACCCAGCCAGAAGUGGAGGUGGUACACGGUUUCACUUCAGCUAGCUGCAGUCGGGGCCAGAGCUCAGAAGCCUCCAUGACACUGUUACCAAGGGGAAGCAGCGUGGCGCAGUGGAAAGAGCAUGGGCUUUGGA